AGUUAACGAAUCCCGCGAACCUCAGCGAAAUCGGCGAGCGAAGACAAUCCUCGCGUUCGCAUCUCUUUCCUGUCUUCCCUUCAGCGAGAAGCAAUUUCAAUCCUGCAUGCGAUUCACUCUUUUAGGUUAUCUCUCAGGAACCACCUGCGUCUCGAUUGUCGUGGUAGCCUGAGACCCAGAACGACGCGAAAUGUCACGAUGUGACCUCGCGAUUUCCUCGAGAAUUUACGUGAUCUGAUUUUUCCGUGACAUAUUUUCUUUCCUAUACUCAGCAUUUGUAUCAAAUGGAGUUGGUCGUAUCGAAGGAUCUCUAUGAUUCCGGCUCAGAUAUUUCGCCUGAUUCAUACAAAUGGCCUGCUCUGGCAGGCCACAAACAAAUCUCUGCUAGCUAAGCUGCGCAAGAAGACUGGCUACACAUUUGCAAACUGCAAGAAAGCUCUGGAACUGCACGAGAAUGAUUUGAAUAAGGCUGAGAAGUGGCUGAAAGAACAGGCGCAGCAGUACGGCUGGACCCAGGCAGCCAAGCUGAAAGAUCGCAGCACCAGCCAAGGACUGAUCACAGUGACGGUAGACGGGAAUCAUGCCGCACUAGCCGAGAUUAACUGCGAGACUGACUUCGUCGCGCGGAACAAAAAGUUCCAUAGUCUCGCAGAGACAGUGAUCUCCGCUGUAUUGAACCAUGCAAAAUCCCAGGACGUUCAGAACGAAGUACAACGGACUAUUUUCCAUGCAGACGGUCUCAAAGACCUACCAGCUGCGGACGGAAAGUCCCUGAGCGACCAUUCCGCCUUGACUAUCGGCAACGUAGGCGAGAAUAUCAGUCUGAGACGCGCUCUCGCCAUCAGCGUACGAUCACCGAACGUAACAUUGUUCGGCUGCACACAUCCGGCACCGAUGAACCCCAUACCUACAUCUUUCGGCAAAUACGGCGCCCUUGUAGCCAUCAAGUGCAAGAAAAACGAUAAUAUGCUGGGCACGCAGCUCUGCCAGCAUAUCAUUGGUAUGGAUCCGCAGAAAAUCGGUAAUCCGCGGGUGGACGAGCCGCACGACAAUAUGGACGAGGAGCAGUGCAUGAUCUAUCAGGAAUUUCUACUCGAUCCUAGUCUUUCUGUGCAGCAGUUGCUAGCGGAAACGCAUGCUGAAAUCAUCGACUUCGCGCGUUUCGAGAUCGGUGAGGAACUUGACGAGGAGUCACCACUAAAGAGUGCUCAGACUUGCGGCUGAUGUCAAUUGCAAUAUCCGUAAAUAACUGAUUAUUUCUUAUUAUCUAUCAUUAAUAUUAAUUUUCACGAUGUUACUU